AUGGCUUCCCUUUUUUCCUUCUCUGCAUCUGUUCAGUUCAAUGAUCCAGAUUGGUACUUUUGGUUUCCUCUAUAUGCCACCGCUGCGACUGUCAAUUUGGUCAACGGGGUAUUUGGGUACCAAAGAAUCAGAAAAAUGGUCCAAUUUGCUCUUUGGCUUGGGGUGUUCUUGUUUAUCAAGGUUGAAACUGAAGAUUUUGUUCAUGGUAUUGCUGGGUUUUGGUCACUGGAUAUGAGGGAGAGAGUGGUUCGAGAGAAGGUUGGAAGUGGACUUGUAGUUAGUUCCAUGUUUCUACAGCUGCAAGCACCAUCAAUUCCAAACUAUCCCACAAAGGGGACAAAAGUGGAUGCUGCAAAAUAUGCUGAAUAUGGUAAANUUCUUUUUAUGUGUUUUGGCAUUUUUUUUUUUGACCUAUUGAAGGCAUUAUAUGUCAAUUUUGACAUCAGUAAGCUCUGA